AAAAUCUAUUUUUUUUAAAAUUAAAACGUGUUUAUCCUGUGUACAACUUUAUGUGUGGUUUAUUGAAAGAGUUACCAUUGCCGCCCACAACCAUGAUACGUUCCAGCAGUCCCGCCAUGUCAGAGAUUUCUGUGGGAUCCCCCAGUCCACCACCCAUGCACCGAUCAUAUAUACUAAGCAGUAACUCCAAACUUCAUUCCCUGCAAAAUGGUUUGAAGAGAAUUAAAAAUACGCUGGAAACUUCACAAAAUGGGGAAUUUGUGGCGCCCUUGCCUCAGCGACGUAAAUCUAGUAAUGAGCGCGUCAAGAGUUUUUCCAUAGCUGAUAUUUUGGGUAAAAAAGAAGAAGACACCAAAUCAGGUGAAAGAAAAUCAACAACUCCACCACAAAUUAGUGUAAAUCCAAAUAUAUCUGGACCUGUAAUUGCCAAUGGUUUGCCAAUUUCUAUGGCUCCGGUUGUGCCUGCUGCAAAUUCUCUGAUAAUGUUGGAAUUACCAAAAGUCCUACCACCUCCAUGGACUGAUCCCACACGCCUGCCACCAAAUGUAACCUCGACCCAUAUACCAUCCCUAGCCCCCUUCUUUCCACCCGCGCUUCUCCACUACGAACAACGUUUAGCCUGGGACUAUCAGCGUCAGCUACAGGAACAUUUCCAUGCCCAGGCUCAAUUGCUGCGACAAAUGAGUUUAGAUCCCAAUAUUAUACCCUCUGAAGAUGGUUCGGAACGUGGUGGUUCUCGGGAUUCUAGUUCAGGAGGCAGUCGUUGUUGUUCACCUGAAGUUAAUGUGGCGAGUAGUGACGAGGAGGCCGACGAUGAUGAUAAUAACAGUGAGGACAGGGGUAAACGGCAAUCUCAACUCCAAGAACGUUUAUCACAGACCACGACGGAGGGAAGUAAUAAAGGAGCAUCAGAGAAAACUUCAAAAGUUCCAAGCGACACUCCAUUGGAUGCGUUAUUCCAGUUGUCCACCAAGAAUUUCGAUGAAGAUCAAGAUCCUGCUACGCUGAGUAUUUUUGCUACACGCCCCAAUCCCAAGAAGAAACGCAAAAGUCGCACAGCCUUUACAAAUCAUCAAAUAUUUGAAUUGGAAAAGCGAUUUCUCUAUCAAAAAUAUUUAUCUCCAGCUGAUCGUGAUGAAAUUGCUGCAGGUUUGGGUCUCUCAAAUGCUCAGGUCAUUACAUGGUUCCAAAAUAGACGUGCCAAACUGAAGCGGGACAUGGAGGAACUCAAAAAGGAUGUUGAAAGUGUGAAACAAUUGUCAGCUCAUAAAAGUUUUUUAGAAAAUGUUAAUGAUUUAAGUAUUUUAAAGACCCGACCAGUCAGCCGACAUCACCAGCCGCAUCCCCACUCUCAGCAGCAUUCGGAAAUCAGGCAUACAGCAGCAGCGGCUACACAUGGCAACCCUGGUACAUCAACAGGAGCAACAUCAGCAACAAUGCCGCCAACAGGACCUACCAUCAGUGUGCAACAGUCACCCAGUACAAUGCCAAUACUCCUUCACCCACACCUCCAGCCCCACAUUAUCCCAGUCCGGAACACGUGCAAUGAAAUUCGAGAACCUCAAACCCCCGUUACAGCAACAAUUAACGAUGCCAGUGAAGAAAGCAGUCAUGCCAAUGCAGGACAAUCAUCAUCACCACAUCAACCACCAACAACAACAACAACAACACGCAGCAUCAGUCAAAUCAACAACAGUCGAGGCUAAGAAGGAUAUCAAAUUUUUGAAAUUGUGCACCCUACUACACUAUCGCCACCAGGAGAAGCAAAGGAAUCCCGGUGUGUAGAUGGAACAGAAACGGAGAUUUCUCAUUUGCCAAAAAAAAGUAUUAAAUUUGAAAUUAGCUUGAUUUGUAAUGGAAACUCUUUCUCAUAUCUCUACAUAGACAUGUGUACGUUCAUUAUCAUUAUGAGUUCUAAAAUCGAAAAUAAUUGUGUAAAGUUACAUAAAUCCAUAUAUGUAAAAUAUUUGUGAAAAAUAUAGGUCAUUCCUAGUUAAAUAAAUUUGAGAGAAAUAAAUAAAAUGUAGUCGGUGUUGUCAGUUGUGGUUAC